CUUUUCUUCGUCAAUAUUUCCACAUCACUCAAGAACUACAAUUGAGUUGAAAUGCCUGUCAUAUAUCGCGUUGCUGAAAAAAUCAUCCUCGCUCUCUUUACAUGGGACUUUGUAAACAACUGACAACAGCUUUAAACUGUCUUUAUAACAGACCGGUUUUACCAGUUCGCUCUACAUCUCCMCAGAAACGGACUUGCAAGCUCUUGAAAAAAUCAAUUUGGAAAAGWGUCAACAAUUUGUGAUGACUGCCUAAACAAUUGUGGUCGAAUCUGGGCAAAUCUAUUGUACAAUUCACAGGUGACAAAAUACCAAUGCUAAUGAGCUGCGAGAGAUCUACAACGAGAAGGCAUGGCUUACGUUUUCAGCGUGUUGACUUGGUUUUYAUUUCUCGUCCAUUCACUUUCAAAUCCUUUCAUUUGGGCGUCGUCCCAAGGAAAUUCGUCGUCCCAAGCAAACGUAACCAGCGUUCCAAAAGAGCUGAAAAAYAUCUCUGCUAAGAACACAAGUCCAAAAGAUGGACCCGUUAUUGGAGUCAUUGUCGAGGCUGAAAGAGAAAAGGACUUCCAGAAGGCUAAACAAUUAUGGGCAAAAAAUUACAAGACAACUGUUUCAAUUGAACACCGCGUGGURAGGAACGACCCUUACGAUGUAUUAAGAAUGGUCUGYAAUAACCUCACAAGAGUGCAAGGACUUGUGUUUGUGUGUGGAGGGCCUUGUGUCAGUGUCACUGCGUUUGUAAGUUUGAUUGGGAUGUCUGGUACUUUGGUGCAGCAACGAAGCGAGGAAAACCCUCUUCUGUUCGUGGAUGCACCACCAGCAUUUCUCGAUAUCAAGCCACCCCUCMAUGAACAAAACGAAGCGUUACUUCAGCUAAUGACACAGUUUCAAUGGCGAAAGAUCUGCGUWAUCCACCAGACCAAUAAUCACAUGACAAACCUCGUGGAAGACCUUUACAACACCCUUGCGAACACAAAAGAAGUUCUAAUAAGUCAAAGAAUACGAUUGGAUGGCAAAAAUUCCACGAUAGACACGGGCCUGAAAAAGGCUUAUGGAAAAAUACGUGUUUUUGUUCUCCUYUGUUCCAAAAGGAUGGCUGAAAUUGUUCUUAACCGAGCCAAGAAACAGAAACUCACMACCACUGAGCAUGCGUGGAUUGUCGGAGGAACUGCUCUUGAAAAUCGCAAAACAAUUCCAGCCUCCUUUCCUAUUGGMUUACUUGGUAUUGAGUAUAAUUACGAAUACAAACAUGUUGAUCAUAUCGUCGAUGCUAUUCAAACAGUGCAUCAUGGGUUGGAAGAUUUGAUUCGAAAUAAUGUMACGUGGCAGGACACUACCAUCUCUAAUUGUUACAAUGAGACURACAUAGUGGAUAGGGCUACGCCUUUAUACAAGGCCAUGAAAAAUGUUACCUUCAAGGGUCUUACAGGGCAAGUAAAAUUCACGCAGGACGGUUUUCGAGCAGCUUCACGUUACAACUUCAUCAACCUACAAAAACAAAGAUACACUGGGCAGUUAUUUUGGCGAAACGUCGGUUAUUCAGAAAAUGGACACGUGAAGCUUGAACAAAUAGUCUGGCCUGGCGGUGUGAUACGUACACCMAGCGGUGUUCCACGUGUGCGCCUGCGCGUGGUCAUGUACGCGACGAAGCCCUUGGUGUACGUAAUGCCACUCAACGUGUCGAUAAAAGACUGUCAGCAGGGGAUGAAGUGCACCCUGGUUACCAUAGAUAAAAAGGAGCAUCCAAGGUGUUGCUAUGGCCUGUGCAUUGACCUACUGAUUCUCAUCAGUCGAGAUCUUCAAUUGGAGCCUGUGAUACGCAUAAUAGAAAAAGGACGUGCGGGAUCGUUUAAGAAUGGUCGUUGGACGGGUUUAAUAGGGAAAGUGUUUGACGGGGAGGCAGACAUGGCGAUGUCCUCGAUCAGCAUCACCGAAGAAAGAAGCAAAUAUAUCGACUUCUCAGCACCUUUCAUGCAUACGGGGACCACGAUAUUAGUUGCUAGACGAAAAGGAACCUUUACAGGAGCCGGCUUUUUAAAGCCUUUCGAGCCAGAGGCGUGGAUUCUUCUCUUUGUUGUCUUAUACCUUGUCGCGUUUUUGGUCUACAUGCUUGAGUCAAAAAAUCCGGGCCUCCAGCGCAGUGAACACCAAGACUACGUAGGACAAUUUGACAUUCAUACUUCUAUCUGGCUAAUUUAUUCACGACUGUUUGGCGGUAAUUUGGACGCCCAUACUCCAAGGUUCGUAAGUGGCCGCGUGGUCCUGGGUGCCUGGUGCUUUUCAGCUCUAAUGCUUGUGGCUUUAUAUACUGCUAACCUGGCUGCGUUUAUGAGCGGUGUUCCACGUGUGCGCCUGCGCGUGGUCAUGUACGCGACGAAGCCCUUGGUGUACGUAAUGCCACUCAACGUGUCGAUAAAAGACUGUCAGCAGGGGAUGAAGUGCACCCUGGUUACCAUAGAUAAAAAGGAGCAUCCAAGGUGUUGCUAUGGCCUGUGCAUUGACCUACUGAUUCUCAUCAGUCGAGAUCUUCAAUUGGAGCCUGUGAUACGCAUAAUAGAAAAAGGACGUGCGGGAUCGUUUAAGAAUGGUCGUUGGACGGGUUUAAUAGGGAAAGUGUUUGACGGGGAGGCAGACAUGGCGAUGUCCUCGAUCAGCAUCACCGAAGAAAGAAGCAAAUAUAUCGACUUCUCAGCACCUUUCAUGCAUACGGGGACCACGAUAUUAGUUGCUAGACGAAAAGGAACCUUUACAGGAGCCGGCUUUUUAAAGCCUUUCGAGCCAGAGGCGUGGAUUCUUCUCUUUGUUGUCUUAUACCUUGUCGCGUUUUUGGUCUACAUGCUUGAGUCAAAAAAUCCGGGCCUCCAGCGCAGUGAACACCAAGACUACGUAGGACAAUUUGACAUUCAUACUUCUAUCUGGCUGAUUUAUUCACGACUGUUUGGCGGUAAUUUGGACGCCCAUACUCCAAGGUUCGUAAGUGGCCGMGUGGUCCUGGGUGCCUGGUGCUUUUCAGCUCUAAUGCUUGUGGCUUUAUAUACUGCUAACCUGGCUGCGUUUAUGGUACAGAGAGAAAAGGCUUACUACAUCGAUGGCAUAAAUGAUUCAAGGAUUCGUCAACCGACUGACUCUCUCAAGUUUACCACUAUUCUUGAAACCAGCGUUGGAACUUAYUUUAAGAACAACUUCCCACAAACUUACAAAUUUAUGGAAAAGCAACACCAAGUGAAUCACUCCCAGGAUGGCGUCCAAGCUGUACUGGAUGGGAAGAUCGAAGCUUUUAUAUGGGAAACUGUGUCACUCCACGAGUACGCCGCGAAAGACCCUGGCUGUCGACUUCUGGUAGCAGGAAAACCGUUUGAUCAAACAGGAUAUGCGGCAGUUUUCCAGAAAAACUCCAAAUGGACAAGAAAUGUCACGGACUUGAUUCUAAAGUACCAAACGUCAAGCAAAAGUAAAGAAAUGCAUGAUAAAUGGCAAAAAAGCUACUGUGACACACUAUCUUCGACUGCGACAAUACAGCGUCUUGGWCCGACAAAUCUCGCUGGUGUGUUCUACAUGCUUCUAGCUGGYAUUGGUUUGUCGCUUCUCGUCUUAAUAGGAGAGAAUAUCUUAACUGCAGUCUCUAAAAAUAUGAAGCAGAACGAGACAGUGCAAUGCACCAUGACGGAACAAGACCGGUUAAGACUUCAAAAGGAUGUAUCAAAUAUGGAGGAUGUUCUACAUUCCAGCGGUCUUCCAGAUAAUCAACAACUGCUGUCAAAGAUGGAACAAGAACUAAAACACACCCUGAUGGAGCUUCAGGAACUYCAAGAACUAACAGAAAAAAGCUUCAUGAAUUCUUCUUUUCGAAGCAUUAAUAUGAGCGACUGGGAAAGCAGUCGCUCCCAAGAUGCAUUGGGAUCAAUGACGUUCUCCGACAUGAAGCAAAUCAUUGAAGCAGCAAGGAAUGGACGGAGCACAACAAUACGAGAGUCGGCAGUUUGACCUCUUUGAACGACCRGYAURAYCACGUGGAGUGUUAUAACUAGGAAGUCAAUUAGGUUAAAAUGACACUCCCUAAACCGACCGAGAUAAAAUGAAAGUACGAGGAUCAGUAGUUCGAUCUCUCAAACAAACCACAGGCGUGCGAACACGUUGAGGGUUAUGAAUAAAAGCCAAUUAGACAGCACUCGUUAAAUCGACCAAUAGAGUGAUGCCUCAAACCGACCACUGGAAUAGGAACACAAUGAGGAUUAUGAAUACAAAGUAAUGAGACAGUACUCGUUAAAUCGACCAAUAGAGUGAUACCUCAAACCGACCACUGGAAUAGGAAAACAAUGAGGAUUAUGAAUACAAAGUAAUUAGACAGCACUCGUUAAAUCGACCAAUAGAGUGAUACCUCAAACCGACUACUGGAAUAGGAACACAAUGAGGAUUAUGAAUAGAAGCUAAUUAGACAGAAAUGCUUAAAUCGACCAGGCAAAAUUGGUAGAUUGGCCCCUCAAAGCAACCACUGGAGUAUGCAAAUGUUAGGAUUACGACUAGAAAGCAAACCCCAUAAAGCGACCACGACAUUAAGUACAGUAGACUACUAUGAAAAUCAGCGAAAAAAAAAACAACAAAAAAGAAUAGAAAGAACAAGUGAUAAAAAAUGAUUGGAUAUGAAUGGAAAAAAUGGUUGAUCCAUUGUAAGUGAAAAACUACAAGGUUAGCAGUACCAUUCUAAGAAAACAUUAAUGUUGAUCACACCCCUCUCCAAUAAUUCCAUUCAUUCAUCGAUUUUUUUGUUGAACAAUUUCAAAAUGAUUGAAAAUAGUCCAGAUAUUUUUACAUCUCAUGACAAAUUUACAAAUUAUACAUCAUAGUUUGUAUUAAGAAACUUCUUGUUAUUCUCUUUGUCUAUAGUUUGUCAAGAUUUAAAUUUUACAUCUUUUAAAUAAAUUAAACCUGCUUCAUUAUAUUUGUUUCUGUGAGUUGAUUGUCCCCCCUGGAUCGAACACUGUUUUAAAAGUAUCAAUCCGCAUGGAGGCAAGGAAAUUAUAAACAAAAAUUAAAAAGAAAUUCUGUUUAGCUGCCUUUUUUCCUAUA